CCACUUAGAAGUUGCAAAAGACUGCAAAUCCUCCGCGUAGGUUCCUCAUGGCUUCCAGAGCUAUGGCGUGGCUUCGCGCUAAUGCAGCAGCGCUGGGCGUUGGGAUGCCCGUUGUCGGCGUUAUUGGCUGCUAUGCUUGGAAUGCCACGGAGACCCAGCGCAUGGCGCGACAAAUCUGCAAGGGACAUUUCCAACCAGAUGCUCCUGCAGACUACGCGGAAAGGUUUUGCCUUUUUGACAGAAACAUGAUGGAGAAUGCUCAGAUGGUUGGCCUGGUUGGGUUGAAAUCCACAGGGAAGUCCAGCACUCUGUCGCACUUCCUGAGAGAGAGGCCAAAUCCCUUCCACCUGAAGCUCAAGGAUGGCAACCUCUACGACGCGCUGCAUCAGGAGCUGAAAAAGGCCGUCCUUUGUCUCCCCUUCUUGGCCGACCGUCUCCGGUGGGACGCUGCGAAGACCAGUGAGGACAUUGUCAUCGAAGUCUUUAAGCUGGUGCAGGAGCAGACAGGCUCGCCGGUGCAGCUCGGGGUGGAUGUGGUGUUGAACCCCAUGAUAUUGCCUUUAGAGGCGGCAGACAAAGCAGUGAAGACUGUGCAGAAUGUGUUUUUGCCAACGCCGAGCUCAGUUCCAAUUUUCAGCUCAAUCAACAUCAUCAAGCUGGUGAAGGAUGUGAAGUGGCUUUGUGCCGAUGAGAGGGUGGCUUCGGCAGUCAUAGCGUCCAGCGAGGGCUUAGAGCUUCUGAGUGUGAAUGAGCCAAGGCUUGAGAAGCUGAUGGCAGAGGAAAUGCCACUCGAGAAAGCCAAGGACUACCUCAAGCACAUCCACGCCAAGGACUACAGGGACGAGAUGCUCAAGAUAGUCCCACGAACCUUCAGUAGCCUUCAACGAUUCAAGACAGCGCAGGACAAGGAGGCAUUUUGCCACACAGAGAUGGAGGGGUGGAUGAAGAGAGUAGAGGCAUCUCAAGAGCACUGCCCCCACGACGGCCAGGAUGGAGGUCUCAGGGCUGCAAAGGUUCUCUACAGCAAAGCGCUUGGUGGAGCAGUCAAGUACAGGGACAUUCGCCAGCACUGCAAAGAUGAGCAGAACUUCGUGGCGAAUUUCGUGAGACCCAACCUCUUCACCCCCACACCAGGUGGAAAUUACAAGUUCCGAUUCGAUUGUGUAGCCGAAGCAGCGAAGACUGUGUUCGGCCUGUGAAUGCCCUCUGUCCGUUUGAAGGUGGCAAUCUUUUGGAUGCCACUGCAAGUUUGAACAGGUUGUGAAGAGCAAAGAGAUGCAAAAGUUUGGGCAUCAUCAUCAGAGCACACGAUGAUUUUGUCAAAUAAGCAAUAUGAACA